AUCUAUGAUGUUUUAUUACAAAGCAAGGUUCUGUGUUUUACUGUAAAGAAGGUCUACCAUGACCUUACUGCUUUCCAUAGUAGUUGGAAUACUUUUAACCAGUCAUUAAAAAAUUACAAAAUUUCUACAUUAUUAAAUAUAUCUUAUACAAAUGUUCUAGAUUGUAACAUUCAAUAAUAGUGUGUUCAAAGUCAUUUUUCUUUGCUUUCAAGAAUUUUAAAUGUAUACCCGACCACUUUAGCCAAGUGAUCAGUUGAGUGACAUGAUUUUGAAUAUUUCAGAAUAUAUGUAAAAAUAUUACUGUACUUUCAUAGAAGAAAACAAACUCCACAAAGUAAAAUAAGCAUUUUAAUUUGGCUACAACAGAAUGACUUGUAUGACUAGUCUUUCUAUCUGACUGUAAGGUGAUCAAAAAAGUAGCACAAAUUCUAGUCUAACUUCUUUGACUUUAAAAAAGUUGGCAGCUCUGCUCUGAACAUUACCAAUGUCAUACUGGAAAAAGAAAUGGUUAAGGCCGUUAGAGAGUUUAGAAUUGACAUAUGGAGUCUGUUGGGACUAUUAGCUGGAAGCAUCAUCUGACUAGUAACAAAACAAUCUGCCUCAAUCAGCAAAGAAAAUGGAAGGAAGCUGCACAUUGUAAUGUAAAAUGUAAACAUUUACAGUGAGCUUGAAAUGUAUUACUUCUUCAGAACAACAAUUAUGUCUCAGUUACUAACUGAUUAGUUUGCCAAGAGUUCCAACAUUGGCCAUGAUGAUGCAGCUCCACCAGUGUCGUAAUUUUUGUGUUCAAAUUUGUGUUGUGUUCAAGCAUUUUAAGCUUUUGUCCAUCAUAAAGCAAAGGCAGUCAUUAUCCAAACACCUUAUAUAACUUUGUUAAGAAAUAUUAUUUCCUAUUACAGUGCCGAUAGAGAGAGAACAAUAAAUCAAUUGAGCCAAGCCUGCAAACACUCAGAUGUCCUGAAAACUAUCUACAUGUUUUUUUUGAAGAUGGGGGAAACAACUUCAUACAACACUAACAAAAAACACAUUCACAAUACUCUCUGUCCUUCUCUCUUGCUCUUCUUUGUUUCUUAAUCUGACUCCCACCAGUUCCACUAAUGCUGGAAAGCUCAUGCAGGUGGUGACUAAAAACUAUCCUGUGCAGAACAGAUUUGGCUUUCAGGGCAGGAGGAGAGAAAGGACGAGUUAAGAACCGUAAAAAAGCCAGAGGAAGUUAACAGACACGGCAGAGUGGGUUAAUUGAGGGUGAAAGACUAUGAUUUUUAUGAAGGGCCCACAUAGAUCUAUGCUGAAAGUAGCUAUUAUUAGGAGCCUGGCGGCACCAAGGAUCAAAACAUACUGGCAGGUAGACAGGAAUGGCUUGGGGUAGUUGGGUGCUGGAGCUGGGAGUUUGGAGAAAGAGGUCACUGGUCUCUUUCUCAUCGUUUUUCUUUUUUUAUGAUGUAAGGUUUAAAUAGUGGCUAGGAGGACAGCAAGUCUCUGGGGGCAGUUAACAAGCUAAAGAGUGUGAAGUGACUGUCAACCUUUCUGAGGACAUACUUCUCAAAAACACUUCCAGCACCAGACAAGCGUGGCCUCAGGGUGAUACUCAUAAUUGAAACAGGGACUCUUUUAAAAAGGAGGUAAAUGCCACCACUAACUGGACAGCCCCACUUGAGAACUUCUGCAUUUUCUCUCUGUUUCUCACACUUUUUCAAUCUUUCUUUUUAUUAUUCCAUGAGCUUCUGCUUCUGUCAGGAAACAUAGUGUAAUUGUUAGUUUUCAUCUCACUUUGAAAAACUUAAAGGAAUAGUUUGACAUUUUGGGACAAAAUAAAUUAAGUAAAUUUCGUCAUUUGCCCACAAUUUGUGGCUGUGUGGACUGUACACACUACAAGCUGACUGCGCAUGGGCUAGAAAAUUAAACUGGACGUUUGGUUUGUGUACUGUAUGUAUGUAGUGUAUUCCCCAUCCGGUCCUAUUGUCUUUGAGAGGUCGCACGCACCAUUUUCUCUUUCUGACUUUUUUUUUUUUUGUUCAGUCAAAUACAACAAACAAAGGAGCUCUUCUUCUUGCUGUUGUGAGGUCACCAUCUUGUUUUCUAGUGCACAUAUGUUGAACAUGUCUCUGUGCACAGACCCUUGAUUGCAGUAUGUAUAGGAGUGCAUGCGCGUUCGCUGUCCACGGCAGCGUCCGUGUUGAAGUGUGAUCAAAGCUUUAGAUUCGAAGAUCUACACCACUCUCAUGUCUGCACUGUAAAUAGAUAGCUGCAGCCAGCAGGCAGUUAGCUUAGCUUAGCACAAAGACUGGAAAACAACUAGUCUGGCUCUGUCCAACGGUAACAAAAACUGUCUACCAGCAUCUCUAAAGCUCAGCACUUAACAUUUUGUAUAGCUUGUUUAUUUAAUCUGUACAAAAAACAAACUGUAAAAAUGUAAAACCACAAUUUACUUUUUUACAGGGAGUUUUGUGCAGAGAAUUUCUUGGCCAGGACCAAUACAUUUCUGGAGUCUCCGAUGAUUGCCUGGCAACUGGAUUUUUUUUAACCUUCAGAGAGCUGUUGUUUCAAGUCUUAAUACUAAGCUAGGCUAAUCGGCUACUGGCUGCAGCUUAUAGUUACCAUACAGAUAUGAGAGUGGUAUCACUCUUCUCAUUGAACUCUGGGCAAGAAAGCAAAUAAUUUCCCAAACUUUUCCUGUUGUUCCAGUCGCAUAGUAUAAAAAUGUUCUUCUUCUUCUUCUUCUUCUUCUUCUUCUUCUUCUUCUUCACAUUGUUGUCGAAUAAUACUGUAUAAUAGCAAAUGUCCAAAAUAAAGAGUCAUCGCUGUUAACUGGAAUGGGUUGGCUGAGCUUUAAUGCCUUGCCCUAAUCAGGUUCAUUACACAGCUUGUAAAAAACAGACAAGAGUGUGGGAAGUCACAAAAAAGGUGUUCUUCAUUUCCGUCCUGUUCUCCCAAACUAAACAGAAAAGAUCACAGAGGGUGUUUCAAUUAAAUAUUAACACAGGUGAUCAGAAAGUCUCUCAGGCUUCAUCUGGACUAACUCUGCCGACACUCCUGCAAUCUGCUCUGUGUUUGUGACCGCUUGAUGAUUCAAAUCAGCAGCUGUAAAAAAAAAAAAAAAAGGAAAGGCUCCCUUAAUUUGCCCCAUGUGGCCAGAGAGAAGAAAAGAGAGCAAAGGUGUUAAAAAACGCUCUCCUAGCUGGUUCACUGGACAGUAAUGGAGCUGAUUUGACUGUGUUACAAAAUGCUUCACCGUUCACAUCAAGGGGAGACAGCUGAGGUCAUGGGAUCGGAAGGGGAUGUAAGCCCUUCCAGGUGUCUGUAACCAAAAAUAAAGAAGAAAAGAGGAUAAUAAAAUCCUCAGGUGAAAGGCAACAGACUUGUUUCUCACAGAACAAACUUUUCUGAGAGAGAAAAGAAAGGGGACGGUGCUUGUUGCAGGCUUUCUCAUUUGUUUGAAAUGGUUAUGAAUGAGUGCGGUGGCCCCACCUCUCUCCUUUCAACCCCCUAGAUGCUGGCCCUGCCCAGGAUAAAAUGCAGGACAACUCAGCCGGUGCUUCCACAGAAGAGAGGACUGACUGACUGACUGCACACAGCAGAGCGUGAGGCCAUCCACUUACUGCUUCACUGCCCCGUGCUAGCUGACACACACUUGCUGACUGCCGCUCACUCUGACACAUAGAGACACACUCGCUGCCUCUCUCUCUCUGUCGCAAACACACACCGGCUCUCUCCCUCCCAUACUCACUCACUUGCUCACUCCCUCUCUUUCUCUCUCCCUCUCGGUAUCACACACUCAUACACAUACACACACGCGCGCACAGAGUCAGUCACCAACCCUCAUUCAACUCCCUCUCAGCCACGGGUCAGCAGCUCAGACAGGCACCUUGUUCCUAUUCAGCUGGAGAGAGUAGAGCAUCGCAAGGUGCACACACACAUACUUCAACACACACUCACACAAAAACACACGUAUCCAUACACACACACACACACACACACACACACACACACACAGGCAGACAAACACUCCACACAUACACACACAUGCGCAUCCUCAUACAUCCCAGGACUUUAUCUGUGGUACGGGAAAGAAGACCUCAGUCCAAGGAGGAGAAGAAACAGAGAAACAAGGAGCAACACUAAAGAGGCACUUUCAAAGGCGGAUUCAUAAAAUUACAACACUUCAUGAAAGGAUUGGACAAAAAGAAUCGAAAAAAAGACUGAAGAUGACAUCUGGAGAAACUUUGACAAGCUAGUUGCUGUAGGAAGGCCUGCUGGCAGCCCAAAGUGGAGAUUGGUCAUCUGUGACAUCCAGAGGAUCUGCUGUGAGUGCCAUUCCCCUCCCUUCUCACUUCAGGACUCCCACCCUCUUGUCAUCCCUCCAGUGGGACAUCUCCUGGUCAUCAGCAUGCCUACAGCUUGCACAAGGUGCACCUUGGGAGUCUGACCCACCAUGUGCAGAUGGACGCCGUCCGUAGCUCAUCUCUGUGCUGAACCUGCCCUUGGCACCACCAUUACUGCAGCCUUCCCUGGGCGACUUCUCCCCCUGCCCAGUGCAGCCUCCCUUUGCCUGGCAUGCUUCACCCUGCUCCUGGUCACCGCAGGCACUGCCACAGGGGCCUGUCCUCCUGGGGUAGGGCAUGAACCCCUUCAGGUGCUGGCGAGUGGCAUCAACUGUUCAUGGACGUUGGAAAGGCACACUCGCAGUUACAAUCACCUAGAGGGUGACGUCCGACUACGCCGUCUUUACUCUGCCAACAAGUUCUUCCUCUGCAUUGACAAAACAGGCAAGGUGGACGGCACUCGGCGGAAAAACUACGCAGACAGCCUGAUGGAAAUCCGAUCUGUCAGUGUGGGAGUUGUUGCCAUCAAAUCUGUCAGCACCGGGCUGUACUUAGCUAUGUCCAAGAAAGGCACACUCUUUGGAUCGAUAAAGUACAACCCGAGCUGCAAGUUCAAGGAGCGCAUUGAGGAGAAUGGCUACAACACGUACGCCUCUCUUCGCUGGAAGCAUGGCGGCAGGCAGAUGUUUGUCUCACUGAACGGGCGGGGGAAGCCACGGCGAGGUCACAAGGCUCGACGAAGGCACCCUUCUACUCAUUUCCUGCCCAUGCUCCCCUCCUAGCUGCCCAAGUCUGAACUUUGACCGGCAACUAGCUGUCUCAGCUGCCUCCUCACACUAGCGUUGAUCUAGCAGUGACGGCAAUCUUUAUUUUUAUUAUUCCAUCCUCCUGUCACGUAAAUGUACAUUUGUUGAGGUUUGUAACAUUUGUAGAGUUAGGAUAAUAUGUACUUUUAAGUUAUUUUCUCCAUUUUCUAAUGAUGUUCAGUAAUACAGUCCAGUACAGUAGAAUUUCACUAUCUUCAGGCAUCUGUCUGGCUACAGUAUCUGUCUGUGUGUCUGAACUGCACGUAUAGCAGUGUUUGGGUGAUUUUAAGAGACUGUAAGAAGACUGAAAAGGGACAGCAAGGCUUGGAAACAACAAAAUGUGUCUCACUUUGUUAUUUAGCCUAUUUUAGAUGCUUAGCUAAAUACGAGCGGAAUCUGGUGCAGCAAAAAUUAUAGUUAUCCAAUCUGUGAUAAAUGACAACUAUCUAUUAAAACUAAAAAAGCAACUUUGAAAUAGCUACAAAUCAGGACUGUAGCUGCCAUUGAGGACACUGAGGUUAUGUCCUCAGUAUUUUUUGGGAGGCUUUUGUGGGUAGUUGAUUCCAGUAUUUUUGUGAAUGUGAAUUCAUCAUACCAUCCCAUAUUGAGUGACUCACAUGUAAAAUUUACAACAUUUAAUGUGCAGCACUGUUUCACAUACAUAAAUUCAAUUCAUCCAUUUAAUUGAAUUCACAUAAUGUGGCUUUUAGACAUUUUACAUGUGAAAUGUAAUAUGUGAAAUGUGAAUUUCACAUGUGCAAUUUUUUGUAAGGCUAAAUAUGACUACUUUUAGGGCUUAAUAAUUAAAGCGUUAACAGAAUAAAUACAACAUGACAAAUCUAAAUAUUUACUGAAACACUGGGGGGACUUGGACUCAUGACCUCAGUAUUUCUAAAAUCCUGGCUACAGCUCUGCUACAAAUCUAACAUCUUCACUGUUCACUGCUUGGGACAUACUGUACUGACACUACUGGAUAAGCGACACACUGCUCUUCACCCGAACUGUACAGAUGAGAUGAAAAUCUCUACUGACUCAAACACGUGAUAAAUGUACUGUUCUGUCUGUAUAUGUCUACAUAUGACAAGAACACAACAGAAACUAAGCUAACUACUGGGAUAAGAUGCUGGAUUUUCUGAAAUGACCUUUGUAUGUUUGUGCAUGCUUUUGUCAGACUGCUUCUCCCAUUCAACAACCCACAGCUAAUAGAUUAGAAAUCAGUAUCAGAAAAACUGCAUUGUGUCUCAUCUAGUCUCUGAUUAUUGGUCCUUAGUUGAGUCGUGAAAUAAUAAUAUACGUUUUGAAUCAUUUAAUGCAUUAUAGCAGCCAUAGGUACACCAGAUGUCACUAGCAGAAACUUCAUUAAUUUUGUACACAGUAGUAAAUUGUUAUUAUAUACUGCCUCUCUGUCAAGUCUUGCUAACAUUUUCUCCACAACAUGAGUGUUGCUAAUAGAACAUUUAAUAUAUUUAAAACAUUUUGUACUCUUUAACUGUUUGAAGUUGAUGUGUAUUGUUAUUGUGGACUUUUUGUGGUGGAAAUGUAGUCAUACUUUUAAGAAAAAGGGGGAAAAGUAAUCAUAUUCAUGUCCAUAUUCAAUUCAUUUUGUAUGGUAUUACUACUGGAUAUUGGUACAUUUGUGAUCCACUUAUCAUAAACUGCUUUCAGCUCUAGGCCAGUAAUAGUAGGUUGUAUAUAAGGCCAAAGUCUCGGAACAAAUAGUCUUUAGAUUCAUUUCAGCAAAGUAAAAUCAGUUGAGUGCCUUGGUCCAUGCUGAGUUUGGUAAACUUCAAUAAAAUAUGCAGAUAAAUCAUGA